GUUCUCUGCCCACCGACCACAUAUCUUCCGCCGAUCGCCAAGAUCGCGAGUUUCUCCGUCGCCCAACUCCUCGAUGCCUUGACUUAUUUACAGUCACUUUACCAUCCAGAAGUCCGUGGCUCACGUCGCCAACGUGUGCAGGUGCCUGUAUCUAAUGGAGAGCAAAAUUUACUCCUUCGCCAUGAAGACUCGGAUGAUAGCGGACUCCAAGCUAUCCGAUCUGACGCAUUCGAGCGCUCAUAUUCCACUCGGUGGCUUACCACUCUAAUCGCACAGCUCGAGGUCCGGCAAGACUUAUCGCACUCUGAGGAAGUCUCAUUGGAUGAUCUUGGGACGCCAGAGCCUACCUUAGCUUACACACUGGAAGCUCAGCUCACAGAUAUUCCGCUGGACAACAAUGACCAAGGGAGCGUGGGAGUGCAGAAUUGGGGCGCGGCGUGUGUCUUGGCAGAAAUCAUUCUCGAAGAUCCUGAGCGGUUUGGACUGGAUUCUUCCUCUCACGGCCUUGAAUCACGCAGGCUCAACGUCCUUAAGCUCGGAGCAGGAACGGGGUUGGUUAGCUUAGUGGUUAUGAAAUUACUGGAUGCAUUGCCGUCUUUCAACCAUCGCAAGGUUCAUGUGGUAGCGACCGAUUUCCAUCCUUCUGUGUUAGCCAACCUCAGGUCAAACGUUAGCGCGAAUGUCUCCUCCACGCACGAUCAAAUUACUUCAACCCAUUCCAUUACCACUCAUUUCCUCGACUGGUCAUCAUUUUCUACUACUCCUCGACCGGAUUGUCUUUCGUAG